AGUCGGUUCAUCAAUUUUCGGCUUUGUGCCAGAUUUGCGGCACUUGAUUUUUUAUAUAUUUCUUAUUAAUUUUUAGGCUUCACUAUGUCAUCAUCUGGUACUAAACAAAAGUUAUUAUCACUCAUCGUUGAUUUUGAAAUCAUAUCAAAAGAACUACUAGAUGUUAUAUCUUCGAAGGGUCAGAGGCAUUCCAGCAUUGAUACCGGCCAACUAGUCGAACUCCUCGUUAGCAAGGAUGAAGAAUUACAAGAAACCAUCAAAACUGCUAUAAGACAAGUUGAAGUUCAUAAAAACACAGAAGAAAUAAAAGCGAAGAUUGCUCAGCGUGAUUACGAAAUCAGACAGUUGCAAAAUAGCUUAAGGGAAGCUGAGUCUCUGUUGUCGGUUGCCAUUUAUGAAGGCAAACAGAAAUUAGCUGUUGCCAAAAGAGCAAGACACAACAAACUGCCAGUAGAUGACGUUAUAAAAUAUGCUCACAAAAUUAGCGCUUCUCAUUCCGUCGUUGCGCCCCCGAACUGGGUGCAGGGAGAUCCUCGAAGACCAUUCCCAACUGAGAAUGAUAUGAGGAAUGGUUGGUUAGGAAAAAUUCGAGAAUUACCAGCCAAUUUGAUUCAAACCAGGGGUUUAAGUGAGGCUCUAGCAACUCGAGCCCCUUCCAACUCUCAGACUGGAGUUUCCAGCUGGCCAACCCCUGUUGAAAGCACUCUAACACCAUCUGUGCCUACAAGAGGAAAAGAGCCCGACGACGUUGAAAUAAUGUCGAGUGAAUCUUCUAGCAGUAGUAGCAGUGAGGAUUAA